CUAAAUAUGUUGUCUUGGUUAGGAAAGGAACAACUCAAUUCUUGUAUAUAACUCUUUACAAGUCUCAAAAGAAGAGACAUGAUCCUAUCCAAGUCUAAUUUCCUCUCCUAAAACUCCAAAGCUUCAAAGCCAUGGCUUCUCAAGGAUCAAAAUCAGCAGCUUCCAUUCUCCUAGUCCUCAAUCUCAUCCUAUAUUUCAUUGUCAUAGUCAUUGCUUCUUGGGCUGUAAACCAUGGAAUCAAAAGGUCUCAUGAAUCAGCUUCUGUUCUGUCCAUUCCAGCUAGAAUAUUUCCAAUCUACUUCCCAAUGGGUAACAUGGCAACUGGUUUUUUCAUAAUUUUCUCACUCCUUGCUGGUGUUGUUGGCUUCACCACAUCACUCACUGGACUCCAUAACAUUUUCCAAUGGAAUGGCCCAAACUUGCACACUGCUUCAGCCUCUUAUCUUCUGUCUUGGGCUCUCACUCUUCUUGCAAUGGGAUUGGCUUGUAAGGAGAUUCAACUUGGGUGGACAGACGCUAACCUGAGGACUCUAGAGGUGAUAACAAUAAUAGUGAGUGGAACACAAAUGUUUUCCAUAUUAGCUAUCCAUGGUGGUGUGGAGGAAGUUAUUGCUCGUGAAAGGGCCAGAACAGGAAGAGUUUGAGGUCCUCAUAUUGAUCUACAAUUAACAAUGCUUUCAUUUCACAUAUUCAUUCAAUUUCUAGUUCUUGAUGAGGGCUGCUUAUAAAUUAUAUGUAACUUUUGUUCUCUCUCUCUCUCUGAUUUUUUUAAGCAAUGAUGUUGUAACUUAAAUUCUUUUGUUUUUAAUAAAAAAUGUAUAAAGUGCGAGUUUUCAAUUC